GCUUUCGGGUGUGCUGAGCCCGCGGGGUUCAGCUGACUGACUGACCGACCCUAAACGCUAUGGCAUCUGCUGGUGUGGCCACCGGCCGUCAGGCGGAGGAUGCGUUACCGCCGCCGACCGAGCCGUCGCUGCCAGAGACAAAGCCGCUGCCGCCUUCUCAGCCGCCGACACCAGUCGCUGCGCCUCAGCCGCAGCAGUCGCCGGCGCCGAGGCCGCAGUCACCCUCGGGCGUGAAGGAGGAGGAGAACUACUCCUUUUUACCCUUGGUUCACAACAUCAUCAAAUGCAUGGACAGGGACAGCCCCGAUGUUCACCAGGACCUGAACACCCUAAAGACCAAGUUCCAGGAGGUGCGGAAGGCCAUCGGCACCAUGCCCGGCAUCCACUUGAGCCCUGAGCAGCAGCAGCAGCAGCUGCACAGCCUCCGGGAGCAAGUUAGGACCAAGAAUGAGCUCCUGCAGAAGUACAAGAGCCUCUGCAUGUUUGAGAUCCCCAAGGACUAGAGUGAAGGCACAGCCAGGAGCGACGGGCCCUUCACAUCCCUCGCCACCCCCUGGAGAAGGGCUGUCUCGGACCUCAGCUCUGAACCAGGCAGCCAAGCGGGCUGAACUUGAUGCUCUAGCAGAACCGUUGGUACAUCCCAUAUGUCUAGAUGCAUAAUAACCAGUGCAUGCUGGUGGGAGGAAGGCCAGGGCCUGGGCUCCACUUGCAUCUUUGAAGAACACGGAGGGAAGGAGGCAGCAUCUUCUUUGCUUCCUUCCCUCCCUCUCCUCUAACCCGUGGAUGUGAUGAGUGCAUAUACUAGGUACAUAUUGUUCCCCACGACUGCAGUUUUAUGAAACAUUGGCAUAGAAUUCACUGGGCAUUAGGAUGGUAUGGAUUGAAUAUGGUAAAGAGUCGCGGCUGUGAGAGAAUGAACAUUGUUUUGAAAGACUGCAGGGUGGCUUUUUGCCCCCAAACAGUUUGACUCCUUUCGUUUGAGCCCUGUCAGGUGUCAGCCAGAGCCCACAGGCAGCCCUUGUCUCCAGCUUCCCUGCGAUCCCUGUGUCCUCAGUACUUUUAGCUCUUGCUCCUUUGGUCUCCUAUUGCCAGCCACUUAAUGCCAGAGAAUGGCAGCCCUCACCAGAGCCCUCAAGGCUGCACCUGAGCUGGCAAGUCACCACUCCUACCCGCUGUAAAACUGCUCUUCAGGUGAGCAGAUCUUACCCUUCCGGCAUUUUAGAUUCAAACGAGUCUGCUUUGGGGAAUUGUUUCCUCCUCUGGCCUUCUCACUAGAGUCAGCAGCAGACGUCUACUGCACUACCACACCAAGAUGCUGGGAUGUGCCUUCUGCUCAGAGAAGUAGCUCUGGCUGUGUUCUGAGGGACACAGGCCAGUGCAGCCCUCAUUAGCCCAGCCCCACUCCAGUGUCUGCCAGGCAGGAGAUUUUAUUUAUGUGCCCUUCCCCUGGUUGUCAGAUUGAGGGAAGAGCAGUUCCUUCCUUUGCCUCUUAAGGGGAGGUAAGAAGUAACUGCAUCUUGUUUAGAUCUAGAAAUGGACACCUCACCUGUCCUGGCCUGCCCAGGGCUUAGCAGGUGCCUGCCAACUGACCUCGUUGGCAGGAACACUGGCUGAGGAGUGUUUGGAAGGACUCCCCAGGUGUCCCCGCACCUGUUGGGCAGCUGGCACAGUAGGACUCAGAGUGUAGAGUAGGUCAGGCUUCAGUGGCCUUGGGCAGGAGAGCACACUCUGAGUGUAAGUGGGCAGUCUCCACUAACAACAUCCCAGCAGCCUUGGGAUUGUUACUUAACUGAAUCAGUUAUUUUCUAGAAAUUUCAGAGUAGUGUGGGGGCCGGUUUUAAGGCUCUGACCAAAUACGGUGAAACCUGAAGCACGUGAAAAACAAGACCACUGGGGUCUGAGGCUGAGAUGGACAAGGGGCACCUUGUAGGGGCAGGGAAGACAGAAGCUGCCUCCCCCCACUCCGUGUUACAAUUGAAAGAACUUAAGCAUUCAUGUCUUGUCUUACACUCUGCUCUCAGGAUGUCUUGGUGUUUGUACUGAGGAGCCCGCAGCAGGAUGCCUCUUGGAAAGCUGACAGGAAAAUGUUUGCUUUGCUUGGUGUGUACAUAGAAUAAAUUGUGAAAACUCUAUGCCUCUCUUUUCUGCCCCUCCCCCCAGCACAUACAUCAGC